AUGUCCAUCCCCUACGUCUGCAGCACCUGUCGCCUCGCCGUUUCUGCGCAGAGCGGUCGCCUCCGAUCGACGGCGCUGCGAGCGCUAUCACAAAGUACGUUUGGCCGGGCAGAAGAGCGCACGCAACGCCGCGAUGUCCCAUCAGGCUCGGGACGAUACUCGCGGAGGGAGCUGCGGCCAGAGCAGCUCCUCAAUCAGCUCCAGCAGCCAGCGGAGAGAGGACAACGAAGCAUACGACGACCCGUCUCUUCUGCAGUCGUAACAGAGGCUCGCCCAUUGCCGCCCGAGACUCAAGUGCUCGUGGACGAACUGCUUCGCUGCUCUAAGGGCCCCGACUUGCUGGCGACAUGGAAUGCUCUGCAGCGCCUGGAUCAGGUGUACCGCAACAAAGUGCCGCGUAUGCGAGGAGCCUGGUUGAACAUCACCAAUGUAUCGCGCACCUUCGCCGUACUGCUGCAUCGAGCCACUGAACAAUGGCUGCAAAGCUUACACACACCGAAUCCAGCCCCGCCAGGCCCGACGCCAUAUCAAAUGAUGCUGCUGCUCCACAAUGCCUACGUGACGAAGGCCCUGUACUACCGGCCCCUGAUCUGGCAGAUAGCAAGGGGAUUGUUGCAUCUCCGUGCGAAAGGUGCCGAGCAACACGAGCAGGGACUUCGUAGAGGCAUAGAUGAGCUCAUGGGUAUCUGGCGAUUGUGCAUUGGUGGACACUUGACCCGCAAGUCGUUUGGCGACGUCUUCACCGAGGGAAAGCUGCAAGCCAUCGCUUCUGUGGCCUAUGCCACGGAUGACUGGACUUUUCUUCCAUCUGCCACUGUCUUCAGCUCCUGGCAGGAUCGGGCGUCCGAUACCGCAUUCGAGAAUAUGCUAUACGUUCUGCUCCCAGAGGCACGACCAUCGUGGAAUGCUGCCAAAAACCACGACCCUUCGCGCUCGGACUUUGCGAGUGCUGCUCUGGUGACUUUGGACUUGCUCAGGGGCACGGAACACAAGUCCACCGACGGUACUACUGUAUCUCUAGCAACACGCGCCCCGUAUGCCGCGCUGGCAAAGUUACUCAAAGCCAUUCUGCAGAUGGCAGGCCCUCCUCGCGUGCCGUCGUUGUUGGAGAGAGCGCUAAUUUCGAAAGAGGAUGUGGAGAUUAGCGACCACAUCAAAGACAUGCUCGAACGCGUAGGUUGCAGCACAGCGUCAUUAUCGGCAGCACUGGAGAAUAGAGAGGCUCGAGACACUGCAGUGACCCAGGAGCCAGCUCAUGUGCUCGAUUCUGAGCUGUCCACUCCUGCUAGUAGCCAUGAUCCCUCCACUGGCGGCGCGGUCGCUCUGGACAAUGGCCACACAGCUGUGCCUGCUAGAUCAAAAGCCGAGCAGUUCGCAUAUCGUCAAAUGGACAGGCUUGUGCGCGCAAUGCAGAACCAGAAUGUGGCAAAUAUUCCCAGGAUCGUGAAUGAGGUCUAUAGAUAUUCGGAGGAGCACAAGGACAGCGAGCCAUUGCCCUUAGACUUGUACGAGCAUAUGCUGCUGGCGUCUCUCUCCUUGCGAGAUACCAAGACAGCCGUAGAGAUCUGGCAUCACAUGCUUCGGCUUGGCAUCAAGCCCACUACGAAGACAUACACUGCCAUGAUGCGAGGUGCGCAAAAUGCGCGAGACGUACAAGGGAUGGAGGCCUUCUUCCACAGAAUGCGCCAGGCCGGCUUACAACCUGACGAGUAUACCUGGUCCAUACGUAUCUUUGCACUGCUAAAGCUCAGGAACGUGAAGGUGGGCAUGCAGGCAUUGAGCGAAAUGGGCAGGGAAUGGUUCGCCGCGGCCAAGGCUAAAGCAGCAUCCGAUCCAGUCCUCCAAAAACAGCUUGCUGGAAGCAAAAACCUGCUUACUGAGCUGCUGAGCAAGUUCCCAGGACCUGUUGAUGGCGUGCCUCGACCGAAUCUGGAAAUCAUGAACGCUGCGAUGGCGGCACUGGCUGCAGUCAGGCCAGAGGAAGUGCCAAAAGUCUUCACAUGGGGACGAUCCUUUGGCAUCGAGCCCGAUCUCGCUACCUUUAACACCCUCAUCAGUAUCUCCAUGCAGGGAAAGCGCGCCGACGACGCUCUUGCUGUGCUCCGUCAGAUGCAACAACGGGGCAUUCAAGCAGACACCACCACGUGGACAGUACUCCUGACUUCCUUGUUCGAAGAGGGAUUCCUUGAUAACCUUUCCAAAGACGCUCAAGAAGCCAAGAUCAUCGGGUUUAUAGAUGCGCUUGCGGACAAAGACAGCGGCUUACCAGGCAUCAACUCCAUGGGCUACGCGAUGAUCAUUGACCGCCUGCUGAAACACUAUGGCAACGACACCGCCGCAGCCGCAGUCUUCGCUCACAUGACUUCGAAUGGCCACAAACCCACAGCACACAUCUACACGAUCCUGAUGACUUAUUACUUCGCUCGUCAACCACAACCCGACUUCUCUGCGAUCGAGAACCUAUGGCGUCAAGUGAAAGAUCAGGGCCAAGGCUUUAUGGCCAACAUUGACGUGGUAUUCUUCGACCGAAUGAUUGAAGGCUAUGCUCGUAACCAUCACUUGCUUGGUGUUGGUCCCAUGGAAGAGUUCAUGCGCGCAUGUCGAGCUUCGGGCAAGAAACCAGGCUGGAAAGCGCGAGAGAGUGUCGCUCGCGUUUAUGCUGAUCGACAAAUGUGGAGUAAACUCAGAACACUGGUUGACGAGUCGAGACUCGUGAUGAGAGAUCAAGUGGGAAGAAUUUCGAAGACUGGUUUGACGGAAUUCUGGGAUUUUAUUCACUCGACUGGAAUCUUGCAGGAUGAGGGCUAUGUCAAUAGGGAUGAUUUCAGGAAGGAUCGCCCUGUUGGUAGUCCUUUGUUGAGAGCUGAACAAGAAUAUGCGAGGCGGAGGGGAGGUGUAUUAUCAUAAUGAUAUAUAUGUGUACGGGCUCUAUGGAGUCUAUUUGUACAACAUUGUCCGAAAGAAACUACAUUAGCCUGCUUCUGUUCCCAGAAUUUGCAGAUCCAUCUCGUUCCCUACAACCUGGCUUUCACUCCAGUGUUAACAGCGUUGAAACGGUCAACAUUCUCCCGAUCAGCCUCUUCGGCGAUACCCCUGGCAAUACCUCUCGCAAUUCCCAUAUUCGUGAUCAUCGGGUUGACACCACUUGCAGACGGGAACACCGAAGCAUCUGCAAUGUACAAAUUCUGCGUACCCCAUACCCGUCCUCUGUAAUCGACGACACUAUUCUUCGGUGAAGUGCCCAUCCUACACGAACCCAUUUGAUGAGCAGAGAAGAAGCCUGUUCCAGGUGAAGGAAAACCAUUCGAUCGAACUUUGGCAAUCCAAGCAGCGAAAGCAGGAUCCGU